GUCCCUUUUGUAAAAUUAGUACUAAAUAAUUAAAAUGUCAUCUAAUGAAGGAUCUACUGAUACUAGAAAGAAAGGUGGGCGUCCAGCUGGCAAAAUAUGGGAAUAUUUUGAAAAAGGAGCACAAGUAUCUAGAGGAUAUUACGCAGCAACAUGCUCGUUUUGUGGGUAUUAUUGGGCUACUGCUAAACCACUAAGACUUAAAAAGCAUAUUGCAUAUAAUUGUCAAAAAGUUGAUUCUGACACCAAAAUCAAGGUUUUAACAUUACUUUUAAUUGAUCAAGAAGAUUCAGAUGAGAAUAUCAAUUCAACAUCAAUGACCAGGAGAAAAACAUCACAAACAGAUGUUGAUGAGGAUAAUGAAAAUUUUCCUACUUCAUUAGAUAAGGAAAUUCAAAUUAGUAAAGCAUUAGUAAAGUUGUUUGUAUGCUGUAAUUUACCAUUUUCUCUCAUUGAGCAUCCUUUUUUCCAAGAAUUUAUGAAAGUUUUGCGUGCUACUUAUACACUUCCAACUCGUUGGAUCUUAUCUAAUACUUUUUUGGCUCAAGAGAUUGCCAGAAUUGAUGUCAAAGUUCUUUCAAUCCAUGAAAGUGAAAUUAAAAGUCGGGUUAAAGAUAUUCUUACUGAUCGAAAUAUUUCUGAGGAUCAGUUGCAUACUCAAAUAAUUGAUUCUAUUAUGGAAAUUGGGGAUGAAUUAGAAGAAAUUACAGAGGCUGACUUUAAUAUUUUUGAUGAAGAGAAUAUAGUUGAUACGGAAGUAGAUCAAUCUACAUUAUAUAUGUUAAAUAUUACAGAAGAGGUAGAACUUGAAUCUCAAAUUUUUGAUAUAGAUCAAGAAUAUGAAGAUGACCAAAGUAUCAGCCAAAGAGUGCAAGCUGUCGUAUUGUCUCCACAGCAUGAUGAUUUUGAUAUUGAAGCCUUAGUUAGAGGAAUUGGUGAGCUUUAA